CGGACACAGGGCACGCUGGGAGAUGAAGUCCCGCCCGUGGGCUGCGCUCCGGUAGGCGGCGGGUGGAGCUGGCGUCCCCAGGACUACAACUCCCGUCGUGCCCCGCGUGCGCCCGCCCUGACUGCGGCACCGGGGCUGAGGUGGGCACCGGGCACCGACCGCAGCUCCCCCCGCCCGGACCCCCGUCCAGCCCCGGCACCGACCCCGGGGAGCGGCGCGAUGGGCGGGGAGGACGAGAUCGUGCGCAUUGCCAGGCGCCUGGACAAGAUGGUGGCCAAGAAGAACGCGGAAGGUGCAAUGGAUUUACUGAAAGAACUGAAAAGUAUGCCUAUGACUUUGGAUUUACUGCAGUCCACCCGCAUUGGGAUGUCGGUGAAUGCAUUGAGAAAGCAGAGCACAGAUGAAGAAGUGAUAUCACUUGCCAAAUCCCUCAUCAAAUCUUGGAAGAAACUUCUAGAUGCUUCUGAGGAAAAAAAUGAGGAGAAAAAGAAAAGCCUGUCUUUGCCAACAUCUUCCUCCAGAGAGACUGGUAACUCAAGAGACCAAAGCUCCAACAAAAGGCAGGAGCCUCCAAAGACUCCGACCACCCCCAAAAUCACCACCUUCCCUCCGGCCCCCAUCACCUGCGACGCUGUGCGCAACAAAUGCAGGGAGAUGCUGACAGCAGCUCUGCAGGCUGAUGACGACUACAUCGCCAUCGGUGCCGACUGCGAGCACAUAGCAGCCCAGAUUGAAGAGUGCAUCUACCAGGAUGUCAAGAACACCGACAUGAAAUACAAAAACCGCGUGAGGAGCCGCAUCUCCAACCUGAAGGACUCCAAAAAUCCUGAGCUGAAAAAGAACGUGCUGUGUGGGGCCAUCACCCCCGAGCAGAUCGCGGUGAUGACCUCGGAGGAAAUGGCCAGUAAUGAGCUGAAAGAGAUCAGGAAAGCCAUGACAAAAGAAGCAAUUCGGGAGCAUCAGAUGGCCAAGACAGGAGGGACACAGACUGACCUCUUCACCUGUGGGAAAUGCAAGAAGAAGAACUGCACCUACACCCAGGUGCAGACCCGCAGCUCCGAUGAGCCCAUGACCACCUUUGUCGUGUGCAAUGAGUGUGGGAACCGCUGGAAGUUCUGCUGAUGUGCCAUGGCCUGAGAGCGGCAGCCGAACGCAGACCCGAGCGCAGCCUCCACACGCCGGCUCCCACGGCAGUUGUGUUUUGUGUCCCAGUGAGUUUGCAUUGUCACACGCUGAGAGCAGCAGUGGGGAGGCCUGGGCCUCGCAGAGAGCCACAGCCCUGGGCUGGCUGGUUGGCAGGAGAGCUCACUAAACACACCCAGUCAUUACUUUCUCAUCUAAGCGAGUACGGUCACUUUCUCUUCAAAACUAAUAUUAAACAUUUUUGUCAGUUUCUGACUUUUAUUUCAA